GGAGAAUUGAUGUGUAUUUACGUCAUUUCGCUCACAGUAUGCGCAUACCCAUUCUUUUUUAAAAAUUCGGAUCGGAUUCUAGGGUUUCAAUUUGAUUUUGAAGUGUUCCGAUUUCUUCGUGUUUGGAUCCUCUGUCCUCUGUUCAGCUCCAUACAGAAUCAAUCAUCAAAAUAAUGAGCACCACAGUACAGAGGACUUCAAAGUCCGGGAGGCAGUCCUUGUUUUUUCAAGAUUUAGCAACACCUGUUUCUGCUCGGAGAGGGAAAUUCACUAGUCCAGGUCAAGCAGCAGCUGUUUCUGCUCUAUGGCGGGAGAAUUUUGCGAGCUCGGAUCUUCCGCCCCCUCCUGUUUUUACAUUGGAGGAUCGAUCAGAUUUCUCUCCGGAAUCUGGAAUACCAGAUUAUCCCGUGUCCCCAGAAAUAAAAUCAGAGUCGAAAUCCCCAGCCUAUGGUUCAAGUCGCGAUUUUUCAACACCAGCAAAGAGCAAAUCUGAAGCUAGUACUUCUUAUGCUGCAAUGAGUGGGCAGCAAAAUCAACAAGUCUCGCCGAGUUCGAGUUGGUGGUCACCUGCAAAGAGCGGCGGGGAUCAAGAUGAUAAGGGAAAGGGGUCACCUGUCGAGGGUGUGGUUCAGCCAGGUGCUUUAAUCACACUUCCACCUCCACGGGAAGUUGCUAGGCCGGAGUUGCAGCGGAAUAGCUUGCCACCUGCGGGGAAUCUUGAUGAGCAAGAAUGGGUCACUGUUUAUGGAUUUUCUCCUGGGGAUACUAACUUGGUUUUGCGAGAGUUUGAAAAAUGUGGAAUGAUAUUAAAACAUGUACCCGGUCCUAGAGACGCUAAUUGGAUGCACAUUUUGUAUCAGAAUCAAUAUGAUGCUCAAAAGGCUCUGCGAAAGAAUGGGAUGCAAAUUAAUGGAGUUCUCAUUAUAGGUGUGAAGCCACUGGAUCCAAUGCAGCGUGAGGCUCUGAACGAAAGGCUUAAUAAUCAGGGAUUCAUGACUUUCCCCCCUCCACAAUCCACCAGAAGCUCACAGCCCAAUACACUGAGAGCCACUCCUCGUCCAUACUCCCUUCAAAAUGGAAGCGCUAGUGCUCGGCAGUCUACCAGUGCCAUCGCUUCCCCGGCAAAAUCUGUAGUGUCCAAAAUCAUGGACCUGAUGUUUGGGGUUUAAUGAGUUAUCUAUAACUGUUUUGUAUUUCACCCCCCUUGCUUCUAUACCCUCUUUGCCCACCUUUCUUAGCCUGCUUGCCAUUUCCCCUUCCCAACAAAAGACACUAAAAUUCAAUGUACAGCUGAUGGUUUCAGACUUUGAGCUGUUGCAUUUUCUCUCCUCCCCACAUAAAUGAAUAGGUGAUAGAAACGAAUUGUGGAAUGGUAUUCGGCCAUGUGCUGGGCAGGAUUCACGGGCAUGCCUUUUUCAGGUCUAUAGGCUUUGCCUAUGUUGACAAACUAUGCAAUUUCAUGGCUCUAGCUAUCCAUUGUACUAUUUUAUUUUAGCAGUAUUUUAAUAGGUUGGCCUGGCAUUGGCUCA